AUGGCCGACGACGAAAGCACCAUAAAACGAGAGGAUCGUACGACAAACGACAUCACCGAAGAUGGACUUGUCACCUGGGACGGACCCAACGAUCCAGAAAACCCGAAGAAUUGGGCUACCCAUCGAAAAUGGCUGGCAGUUAUCUCAAUUUCAGGCUUUGUCCUAAUGAGCCCGCUUCCAACCACUAUUGUCGCUCCUGCUUUAGACAUUAUUACGGAAGAGCUCAAUAUCACAGCUACUGUUCUGAAACCUAUGAUUCUGUCAAUCUUCCUACUGGGAUACGCUAUUGGGCCCAUGUUCAUUAGUCCUUUGUCGGAGAUUUGGGGCCGAACAGUGGUGCUGCAGACUUUCAACUUCCUGUUUCUGGUCUUCAACUCGGCGUGCGGUGUGGCGAGGACUAUUGAGCAACUACUUGUUUUUAGGUUCUUUGCUGGCUUGUUUGGGAGUUGUACUGUUGGUAUUGGAGCUGGAACUCUCGGAGACUUGUUCAAUGCCAGUGAGCGUGGUAAGGCCAUGGCAAUCUACAGUAUAUUCCCUCUCGUCGGCCAAGUCCUGGGUCCCAUUGCGGGAGGUUUUCUAUCUGAGCGCGUUUCCUGGCGUUGGGCAUUUUACGUGACCUCUAUAGUAGACGGCUGUGUUCAACUCUUCGGUCUUUUCUUUCUCGACGAGUCAUACACGCCGGUUCUGCUACGCAGGAAAAGAGAUCGACUCACAAAAGCUGGAGCCACAGGUCUUUAUACCGAACAUGACUUUCCAAACAGUUCCAAACUUGAUAUGAUGCGAACAACUAUGAUCCGUCCGAUUAAACUCCUCACAACGCAGCCUAUAAUACAGGUCAUGGCAAUAUACCAGGGCUACCUCUACGGUAACAUCUACAUUCUCUACGCCUCCAUCGCAGUUCUUUGGACAAGUCGCUACCACGAGCGACUAGACAUAGCCUCCCUUCACUACCUCGCACUGGGCCUCGGAACCGUCUUUGCAGCAGAAGUAGCAACACACAUCAACGACCGCAUAUUCCGUAUUCUGGCAAAACGAAACAAUGGAAAUGGUUUGCCUGAGUUCCGCAUACCUAUUAUGAUACCUGCUACUGUUAUCCUGGCUAUCGGUCUGUUCUGGUACGGCUGGAGCGCUGAAGCUCGCCUCUUUUGGCUCAUGCCUGACAUCGGCAUUGCACUGUUCGCGGCUGCCGCCUAUAUUUGCACUGUCUCAAACAACAUCUAUGUUGUCGAUACGUAUGGACGGUACUCGGCUAGUGCUCUUGCUGCGACCUCGAUGCUUAGAUGCUUGGCCGGAUUUGUAUUUCCGUUGUUUUCGCCUUAUGCAUAUGAGCGGUUAGGAUAUGGUUGGACAUCCAGCAUACUGGGAAUUGUGGUUGUGUACGAGCGUUCUAAACUCGAUUCGUUGCGCAACUAA